GUGCGUUAUUUGGGGCUUGAGCGGUAUAAAUGGCAGCAGGGAGUGAUUCUGCAGUGGCGAAGGCCAGCUUCGAGCUAGCCAACAGCAUCAGGGCUGUACCCAGCGCUGACGCCGUGUUCCGUUAUGACCACAAGAAACAGCAAGAGCUCCUCGUGAAGAAACCCUGGACCAAUGAUCCACACUACUUCAAGACGGUGCAGAUAUCAGCGCUGGCUCUACUGAAAAUGGUGAUGCACGCGAGGUCCGGAGGGAGACUGGAGGUGAUGGGGUUAAUGCUGGGGAAGAUAGACGGGCCCAACAUGGUCGUCAUGGACACGUUUGCCCUCCCCGUAGAGGGAACUGAGACCAGGGUCAACGCCCAGGCAGCUGCUUAUGAGUACAUGUCCACCUACAUCGAGGCCGCCAAA